CCAGAAGAGCAGACAUAAUCUGAUGUGUAUGUGUAUUUUUUACGAGGUGCGUCAACAUUUUAUCGACUUCUCAAAAGUGUCAGUGGCCCCGAGUUUAAAAUCCACUGCGCGGGAUCAUCUUCGGGAGCCCCUUUCAGCUCUCGAUGCCCAGUAAUUCCACGAAUCUUCGUUCUUCAAACCUAGCCUUUUUUUCAGACUCCUUCUUAUCCAUGACCAAGAAGGCACCUCGCACUGCAAGGCAGUGAUGCUCGCGCCGCGGGCGAAGCUGUGGCCGUUCCCCCCCCAUCCAGGGCUGUGGAAGGGCGUGAACGGCGCAGCUCCCCGAGUCCGCUCACCACUCCUCGCACAGGCAGCCGAGCUGGGGCAGCUCCAAGGGCGUCGAGAAGUGUAAUCCCUCCGCUAAGUACUUGGCUCUCAGUCUCCAAUCACUAGUGGGAGCUGGAGAGGGCAAGUGAAAAAAAAAAAAAAAAAAAAAAAAAAUCCAGAGGCAGCCGAGGAGCGAGAGGGGAAAAAAAAAAAAAAAAAAAAAAAGUCCCGCGGCGGCGGCAGACCGGCCGCGACGGCCAGAAGUUGACGGUGCGGCCCGGCGCGGGGCGCGGAGUUGGCGUGGGGCCUGCGCGGGGCGCCCGGACAGGUCGCGGGAGCGCGGGGACAGCGGCGCUCAGGACGCCGGGGCCGGGAGCUCAGCGGCGGGUUCAAACUUCUGCUGAAUCAUCAUCAUUCACCGCUGAGCUAUGACAAGAGAGGAAACAAAAAGUUAAACGAGCCAGCCUGCCAUAAGUGAGAAGCAAACUUACUUGAUAACAUGCUUUUGCGAAGUUCAGGAAAAGUAAAUGUGGGCACCAAGAAAGAGGAUGGUGAGAGUACAGCCCCCACCCCUCGUCCAAAGAUCUUGCGUUGCAAAUGCCACCACCAUUGUCCAGAAGACUCAGUCAACAAUAUUUGCAGCACAGAUGGAUAUUGUUUCACAAUGAUAGAAGAAGAUGACUCUGGGAUGCCUGUGGUCACUUCUGGAUGUCUAGGACUAGAAGGCUCGGAUUUUCAGUGUCGGGACACCCCCAUUCCUCAUCAAAGAAGAUCAAUUGAGUGCUGCACAGAACGGAAUGAAUGUAAUAAAGAUCUACACCCUACAUUGCCUCCACUGAAAAAUCGAGAUUUUGUUGACGGACCUAUACACCACAAGGCCUUACUUAUAUCUGUAACUGUCUGUAGUUUGCUAUUGGUCCUUAUUAUUUUAUUCUGUUACUUCAGGUAUAAAAGACAAGAAACCAGACCUCGGUACAGCAUUGGGUUAGAACAGGAUGAAACAUACAUUCCUCCUGGAGAAUCCCUGAGAGACUUAAUUGAGCAGUCUCAAAGCUCAGGAAGUGGAUCAGGCCUCCCUCUGCUGGUCCAAAGGACUAUAGCUAAGCAGAUUCAGAUGGUGAAACAGAUUGGAAAAGGUCGCUAUGGGGAAGUUUGGAUGGGAAAGUGGCGUGGCGAAAAGGUAGCUGUGAAAGUGUUCUUCACCACAGAGGAAGCCAGCUGGUUCCGAGAGACAGAAAUGUAUCAGACGGUGUUGAUGAGGCAUGAGAACAUUCUGGGGUUCAUUGCUGCAGAUAUCAAAGGGACAGGGUCCUGGACCCAGUUGUACCUAAUCACAGACUAUCAUGAAAAUGGUUCCCUCUAUGAUUACCUGAAGUCCACCACCCUAGAUACGAAAUCGAUGCUGAAGUUAGCCUAUUCUUCUGUCAGUGGCUUAUGUCAUUUACAUACAGAAAUCUUUAGUACCCAAGGCAAACCAGCAAUCGCCCACCGAGAUCUGAAAAGUAAGAACAUCCUGGUGAAGAAAAAUGGAACUUGUUGUAUAGCUGACCUGGGCCUGGCCGUUAAAUUUAUUAGUGAUACGAAUGAAGUUGACAUCCCACCCAACACCCGAGUUGGCACCAAACGCUACAUGCCUCCCGAAGUGUUGGAUGAGAGCUUAAAUAGAAAUCACUUUCAGUCUUACAUUAUGGCUGACAUGUACAGUUUUGGACUCAUCCUCUGGGAGGUUGCUAGGAGAUGUGUAUCGGGAGGUAUAGUGGAAGAAUACCAGCUUCCGUAUCAUGAUCUGGUGCCCAGUGACCCUUCUUACGAGGACAUGCGAGAGAUUGUUUGCAUCAAAAAGCUCCGUCCCUCAUUCCCCAACCGGUGGAGUAGUGAUGAGUGUCUAAGGCAGAUGGGAAAACUCAUGAUGGAAUGCUGGGCUCACAAUCCUGCGUCAAGACUGACAGCCCUGCGUGUUAAGAAAACACUAGCCAAAAUGUCAGAGUCCCAGGACAUUAAACUCUGAUGUGAGGGGAAGAAAUAAGCAUCUCUGGAGAAAGCCAGUAGAUAUUCUUCUGUUUGUGGGCAGAGCAAAAGAUGUUCCAGAAGCAUCCACAGUACGAGCCUUGAACAUCAUCCUGCUUCCCAGUGGGUUCAGCCUCACCUCUCAGGGAGCAGCCUGGACAAAGAGAAGUUCCCAGAAACAUGUUCUCAUCAUGUCUGUUUGUAGGAGGGAAAAACCGCUUGGGUAACUCGUUCAAGAUAUAUGAUGCAUGUUGCUUUCUAAGAAAGCCCUGUAUUUUGGGAUUGCCUUUUCUUCUUUUUCCAAAAGAUGCUUUAAUUUUGCCAAAAUAGAACAAAUAAUGUAGAUGUUUUAAGGUUUAUACUGUUACAGUUUAAAUAACAACAAUGGAAGUUCUUCCCGGAAAUUCUGCUGGAAGGUAAAUUUUAAGAUAUCUUUUUCCAUUAGUGAAAUUUUGUUGCACUCUGCACACCAAAGGACAGUCUGUGGAGUUGGAGAACAUAGAAUGGAACUCAUCUGAAAGUCUUCCCGCUUCUGCCUCCUCAGACCACUUUGGCCAGCCCUGCCUUUAGGGGCCGCCGCAGCAAUGUGAAUGCACCUGGGCACAAAUACCACCUGUCUGGGGCCAAGUUUUGGGAUUCCUGCGGGUGCCCUUUUGUAGCUUCAGACGAUAUGGAACAAAUGAAGUUUUUCUGUGGCUCCGUUAGUAGUAGUUAAGUGUCGAUGUCAUUCUUCAGAACCACUUUGUGUUUCUGAUUCUUUUAAGGCAUUUCUGUCAUGGUAAAAUCCUUUCCUUUUCAUUAAACACAAACAAAGGUGGUUUUUUUUUUAUGUGCAGAGAAUUGACCCACGCCUGGUUUUGAUCUCUCAAAUGAAGAGAUCAAUAUGAAAUAAAAUUGCCAGCAGUUGGGUUGAAAACAAGGCUCUUUAAAAUAGAGAUAAUUUGUUCCUGCGUUGUAAGAAAAGUGUGUCAGUCGGAUAGAGGAUGAGGGUGGGGGUGCAAAUGCCCUGUUUCUUACCUAUGCAGACAAGCCCGUCCUAGAAGCACAAGGGAAAAGGACGCACACCUUAUUGUGUAUAGAUAAAGACGGUUUCUUUCUGUAAUUGUCUCUUUUGUGUCUGAGUGAAGGGAAGGAGAGGAAAGUAUGUCAGGUUAAUUUAACUGAUUGUAACUUAAAAUAGAAAUAUAACCUCCAGAUGGAACAGCAGAAAGAACUACAAAAUAUUGUAGCUGCUGUGACUUAUUAUUCUAAAAGAGAUCUAGAUCGAGCAUGUACAUCUUACAUGGUAAGUUCGCAUCUUAGAGGAGUGCUGACUCAGUUUAUUUUAUUCUCGCAAUGCUCAGUUCACUUUUUAAUUUAUUUAUGUAUUUUUUUCUUCUCUGUGGCACUUCUGCAAAACAUCUCCUCACCUACUCAAUUCUUUGAGGUUUUAAACCUCCGAGGAACGUUGAGUCAAAUCAUUGACAGGGCCAAUAUUCCUUAGCAACAGGAACAAAAAGCUCAGAAUUGUGCGCACCCCUCUCAACCGUGUUCAUUUAAUUUCCUUACUUUUCUUUGGUUUUCUUUUGUUUCCUCGAAAAUUCUGCAGUGUUCAGUAGAGAAUUGGGAAGUGCUUCUCCUUGGUCUUUUUAAAAACGACGUUCCUUCCAGAAUACUCCAGGGGGCGCUGUUUUAUAACACAUUUUCACCACUUGGUGCCUGAAGGAUGGAGGGUUUUUGAAAAAUUGACAGCUGCAAGAAAAAUGAAAAAAUAUUCUCCUCACUUCUGAAGGAGGCUUGCAGCUGGUGACUUGUUCAUCCUGAAAACCUCUUAGAGCACAGAGUGGUUGUGAGCCCUGCGUAAGUUUGGGAGAACAAGGAGAAUUGGUGUUCUCCACUCUAAGCAUUCACUUCCCAGUGCUUCAUACCUGCAUUUUGUUUGUAACAAAGAAAGAUUUUCUUAACCCUUGAAAAGGAACAAAAUUUCUGUGUUUCAAAAAUUACAGUUGUUUCCAAAUAUAAUUGUAAUUAGAAUGCUGCUUGUAGUGAUAUUAAAAUCACCAAAACAGCAAUGUAAACAAAUGUUCCUUUCCCUUGUGUCAAAUUGUAUUCUUUGUUAUAGCUUGGAAGGAAUAUGUACCUAGAACUACGUGUGAUAAUCAUCUGAGCCGUGGAGAGACGCUUCAGUGCCUCUACUUUGAUAAUCUACAAACAAAUGAGUAAACACGGAUGCCCGUUAAGUGGGGUCACGUUUGUGUUUCUUGGUUUUCCCUCAAUUUAAGCGAGGUUGGGUUUGCUUACCUCUUAGAUAAAAAUUUGUGUUCUUUUUGGCAAAUUUUUAUACAUAGAUAACUUCAAAUCAAAAUAUUUUGUGGGGAGGCGAUGAUUUGAAAGUAAACUAGAUUCUUAGAGAGGCGUUGGUUCCAAUGAAGGAUGGGAAGAAAUUAAAACAGCAUACAAAUUUCUUCUAUAUUAUUCGUUUAGUUGUUUUGGAAAAAUCUAGAGCUUACUUUCUAAUUCUCAACCUGAUUUACUCACUAUGAACAUUUAAAAAGUACUCUUGAGAUAUUUAAAAAGAUCCAUUUAGUUAUUAGAGUCUUUCAAUGAGAUAGGAAUUUAUUUAUGAGUAGAUUUUUCUUUGUGUCUUAUUACCAAAAUCCGCCUUACUUAGGGAAUACUAAAUUUAAAGAGACUACCUACUCACUUCCAAAUAAUCCUUUUUGGUUUUUAAAUUUUUAGUAGCUCAGAAGUGAAUUUUAUUUUAUUUUUUAUUUUUUUUGUUUUGUCUUUCAAUAGAAUAAGGGGGAACCUGGAAAUUAAUAUAGUUGAUUGCCUCCUUUCAGGACUCUUUCAAAGACUAAGAUUUUUCUCCUAAUCGCUCCCUCCCCUUCAGGGGAAUCUUAAAAUAUUAGUUGUUAGCUAAUAUAAGUUUGGUAUGCUAAGAUGUUCAGGUUUAGAGUUUAUGUAUGUGUGUAUAUAUUAUAUAAAUAUAUAUGUAUAUAUAAAUACUAUGCUCAGUUUGGAGUCUGGCACAACUCCAUUAUGUGGAUUACAGAGUAAAAUAUUAUGGAUAAUAAAGUACUAAAUGAAACAUAAUAUUUAUUUAUGAAAGUGUGUAGUUGGUUAAGUCACAAGGGACAGUGCUAUGAACAUUGCGUAGGAGGAGACAGGCCUUUGACUGCCGGACAGCACCACUCUCAAGUCACUCGUGAUCAUUCUUUUUAUUCUUUAAACAUAAAGCUUCUUAGAAAACAUGCCACGAUUUUAUGUACAGGAAAUCCUUUGACACAUUUCAGUUGUUGUAUAGUCAGGUAUAGGAAAUACUGAAUAAUGACAGAAUUUCAUGUUCCUAAGAGUCAUGCAUACUCAUUAGAAGUUACGGUGGUUUACAUUGUUGGUCUGUUCUGGUUCUUCUUUGUGAGCAGAAAGGCACUGAAAGAAGCCGAAUUUUUUAAACUUGAAUAGUUCUGUAGUUAUAUCUCCUUAGAAAACCCAGUCACACAGCAGUGGGAAUGAAAGACAUGGCAUCAGAAGUGAUUUAAUUUAGCAAUUAUGAUUCCUCUUGUAAAACAAAACAAAACACAAUGCCAUAUUUUUGGGAGAAAAGUUGGCAAUAUAUAAGGGGUUUUGUUGUCUGUUUCAAAAGAAGAUUCAUUUGUGUUCUUUUGGGGAACCAGUGCCUUAUUGAAUUUGUAUAUACUGUAAUUAUUCAGGACUAGGGAACAAACAGUUGUAUUUGUUACAAAUUGUAUAUGGCUUUGUUUUAACAUUCCCCGAAAUAAAAUGGUUUCUUUCUCCCCUUGGAAAGAA